UACCCAAAGUGCAGAAACAGAGUGGGAACAAGUCCAUCAGGAAAUGUUCUUGGAAAGAAUGCGGUAGCUUUGAUCCUCCCGACCACGGGAAUCAGCACUAGCAGAAGCAAAAGCGAGAGACUAUCCGUGGCCUGCAAGAACACAGAGUCUUUCAUCUUUUGCUCUAUCGUGUAUCCCAAGGCAGAGCUGUCCUCUUCUUCUGAUGAAAAUGCAAAAUUCCACGGAAAAUUGAGGCGUCUUUUUAUUGGGAAAGCAAACUUUCGAGAAGCAUGCUCGGCAUUUUCCCAACUACCCUCAUUUACCCCCACUAAAAUUGGAUGUGACCCGGGAAAACUUGUUGCUGGCAAAUCGAAAAUGUCAGACAGUGGACGGGCGAGCAGGCAGACAGAAGCUGUGCCAGCUGUAAUCCCCAGUGCUACGGCGUCUGCUAACUUCAGUGUCAUGAAAAAUUUCUUAGUU